AUGACGGAAGAAGAAGUCCGACAAUUUGUCAGGCAAGAGAUGAGUCAACAUUGUGCUUGUGGAGGCCAGUUCUCUGUUUCUGAACGGCGUAAUCUCCCCAAUGAUCCAUCCACCCACCCAUACCCAUCUGUUAAAGCUCAAAUAAUCCCUGUGCUUAAACUGUCCCAUGCUGAGGAAGAGGAAGGGAGCCAGGAACGAAACAUAUUGAAAGCAAGUAGGCCUGAGUAUGAGUAUAUCUACACAGAGGAAGAUUAUGAAGAGGGCCUGGUAGCAGAUGGGACUGAGAGUCCUAUGUUGAGGGAUGCUACACGUAAUGCCUAA